AUGUUGUUUUCUUUCUCUUUGGUCGUGACGGCCUUGGUCGCGAGUGUCAGCGCGUCGAAUGUCGUUGAACUUGUUCCUGACACCUUUGACGGUGUCAUUGGAAAGGGCACACCUGGUUUGGUCGAGUUUGGGCACUGUAAAAACCUUGCUCCUGUGUAUGAGCAACUUGCAGAUGCCUUCGUACAUGCCAAAGACAAGGUUAUCAUUGCAAAAGUUGAUGCAGAUGGCGAGGGAAAACCUCUUGGGAAGAAAUAUGAAGUAACUGGAUACCCCACUCUGUUAUGGUUCGACGGUGAGGGGAAGCACGAAAAGUACACUGAAGGCCGUGAUCUGGAUAGUUUGGCCAAAUUCAUCACCAAAAAGGUUGGCGUCAAGUCAAAGAUCCCUGCUCCUCCUCCUUCAGCUGUUGUUUCCUUGGACCUUCACAACUUCGAUGAAGUUGUCAUGGAUCCUUCAAAAAAUGUUAUCGUGACUUUCACUGCUCCCUGGUGCGGCCACUGCAAAAACCUUAAGCCCCAUUACGAGAAAGUCGCUACUACGUUUGAGCCUGAGAGCGACUGUGUCAUUGCUAACAUUAACGCCGAUGACCAAAAGAACCGACAAAUUAGCGAAAAAUACGAAGUUACUGGAUUCCCCACUAUCUUGUUCUUUUCCAAGAGCGACAAAGAACCCGAGGAUUAUAAUGGCGGACGUACAGAGGCUGAUAUUGUCUCUUUCUUGAACGAGAAGUGCGGUACAAAACGUGCUGUCGGUGGUGGGCUGAACGACGAGGCUGGACUUGUACCCGAAUUUGACUCUUUGGCACACAAAUUCUUCACCGCACAAUCUAGCGCCCGCGAUGCAAUCUACAAAGAGGCGCUCAGCCUUGCCGCCACUACCGGAGCAGCAUCUAAGCACUAUCUCCGUGUAAUGGAGAAGGUCGCUAAUGGAUCUGCUGAGUACAUCGAUAAGGAGACUAAGCGAUUGAGCGGAAUCCUUGCGAAGCGCAACCUUGCACCCACCAAGCUGGACGAGAUCAAGGUUAAGAUCAACAUCCUCAAGUCCUUCGUCGAAGACAGGGCUAAAGAUACCAUCGCACGAGAGGAGUCGGAGCUUUGA